ACGGACGUGAACAGUGAGUUUCCACGUUAGUGUUUUUAUAGUCGUUAUUUAGACGUUUAUUAACACACUGGAAAUCAAAAUAUGACGAAUUUAACUGCACAGAAUCACAUAAUUCGCGUUGGAGACAGGACUUGAUAUUAUAUAGAUAACGAUAGCGAGCUGCUAACAAUGACUAACUGUAACGUUAUGGUUUUUCACACUCAAAUAGCCUCCAUCAUGGAGGUGCUAGCUAGUGCAGCCGUGGCAGAUGUAUGUAAACUUGUAGACGACGACUAUGCAGUGUUUCGUUUGGAAAUAACUCAAAGCCAAAAAGAAAACAGGACAUUGCGGAGGAAACUACAGCUACUAGAAUUGAAGGUGGCACGGGAGCGCACAGAGAGGACAAUGCAACAGCGCGUCGUCACCAGUCGUCACAGAAUUGUCAAGAUUCCGGACCGAUACAAAGAAAUUGCAAGAGGUGAAGGACAUCUCACUGGAGGCCACAGGAGCUUUGUGAAGCCAGUGGGAGACAAUACAUGGACAGAUGACCAACCAAUCACUGUUGAUGAGGGGAGUGGAACCUCAACCCAGCAUGUUAUUGUGAUAGAGUCUGCAGAUGCCAAGGCUGCAGGUCCUGGGGUGAGAGGAGUGGACCCACAGCACAGCAGAGACAUCCAGACUGGUGCGGCUGUAGCAAUGGAGGACCCCGCCACCACCCCAGCGCAGCCCAGCUCCCGACACAGCAUCACGGAGGUCAGUGGAACGCGGAAUGCCAUCCUUAGGUCAGAGUCAGAGACUUUAACUGUGACACAAAGGCUUUUGCACAAAGGAUCUGACGACAGGUCAGACACAGAGAGACUGGAGAGACUGGGCUGUCCUCCUGCUCCCGGCUCAGAGUAUUUACUUUACGGUAACCGAAGCCUGGUUAAUUCCCAUCGGGACUCAGGUGAUGCGUUAGAAACUGGCAAUGAUCAAUCUUGUUCUUACGCUAUAGAGAUGGACCCUGGCAACAUAUCCUUAGAUUUAGAGACACAUGCUGAUCCGUCUAGAGGGGACUGGAACCGGUACAGUAGUAGUGUAUACUCUGAUGGGUGCAUAGAUAAGAAAGGGGAAGGUCUGGUCGCAGAUGAAUUGACUGUGAAAGUGGAGGGCGACGUUCCUCCCACAUGGAAUGCAGCUUGUGCAGGACUCUCACGGGGCAGAGAUUUCUUAGAUUACAGUUUAGAGACACAUCUAAAUGUUGUGACCCACUCCCCUUUACACGUGCUCAGGGAUCGCGACCCAGUGUCCACGUCCACGUCGAUUGCGCCUUGCGAUUUACAAGGUCGUGUCCUUUUCGAUCAGGUAUUGAACUCAAACGACAGGGCUAGAGCCCAGACUCAGGGAGGGGGAACCGCAUUAGGCAAUAGUAAAGAGAAACGGUUCCUCUGCAUGUUCUGUAGCAAAGGCUUCAGCUGCACCCAGAAGGUAGAGAUUCACCAGAGGAUCCACACAGGGGUGAAACCCUUCAGCUGUACCCAGUGUCACAUGCGCUUUGCCCAGGCUGGCCACCUGAAGAGGCACCAGAGGGUCCACACAGGGGUGAAACCCUUCAGCUGUACCCAGUGUCAAAUGCGCUUCGCUCAGGCUGGUGACCUGAAGAGGCACCAGAGAGUCCACUCAGGGGAGAAACCCUUCAGCUGCCAGAUGUGUGAGAAGAGGUUCUCCCGCCAGCACCAGCUGAAGAUGCACCUGAAGGUCCACACAGGAGAGAGGGCAUUCUCCUGAAGGCAUAUAUAGAUUUGUGUUUAAUAUUUGAAUAUUAUAUUGCAUCCAAACAUUGUGUAAUAAGGCAUACAUAUAUAUGCGUGGAGUCAUGUAGUAACCCAAAAAGUGUUAAACAAAUCAAAAUAUAUUUUAUAUUUGAGAUUCUUCAAAGUAGCCACCCUUUGCAUUUGACAGCUUUGCACACUCUUGGCAUUCUCUCAACCAGCU